AUGAUCCGAUUCUGGAGCGGGGCUAUCUGGGAAAGGGGUUGGAGAGCGAUACCGGAUAGUAAGACCAAAAUGCGCAGUGACUGCGUAGGAUUUUACAAGUGGAAUAUGCUAAUAAACAAACAGGGCUCAACUUCAACAGGGCAUCAGAGUCGGCCAAAAAGUCGGAUCGAACCACAAACCAUAAACCAAAGAAAACCUCAAGAAAUUAAAGAAACCAAGACCUCAACAAUGAUCUCAUCCAUAGCACCCUACAUCAGACUACCCAAACCGAAAACGAUCCUAAGCCAAUCGAACCAAUUCAUAUCAUCACACUCAACCAAAAAAACCCCAACCUCAUCCACAACUCCAACGGGGCCAUCAACUCGACCUAACAGUAUUAUCUCAUUAUCGAACAUCUUACAACAAGUAUCCGAAAAUACGUUGUCUAGAAACUCAUUCUUACCAGAAAAAUAUAAAUCAGGGCACGAGAAUGCAGUGAUCGGUUCUGGAAAGAUUAGGUGGAGAUCGCCUAUUUAUAAAUCGACUGAACGAAGAUGGUUAUGUAAACAAGGAUUUCAUUGGAGGUUAUUAAAUUACAUUCUCAAACCGAAUCACCAAAAAGAUAAACAAGAUCAAGUUGUUGAAAGAAGAAUGAUGAAUGAAAAAGUUAAUUAUUAUAAUGGAGAAAUCGAUUUUAAAGAGUUUCAUUCGAUCACUUCUGAUCCGGUUCCAAAGCUCAUCGAACUCUUUGGAGGAUUAAAUAGACUAAGUCAAGGAGAAAAACGGUACUUGGGAAUCGUCCCUAACGAAUCUAAUCCAUUUAGACCGAUCAAAACAUCAUCAAAAACCGAAAUUGAAACUGAAAAGACAAGAUCGGUGUUACCUAAGUAUUCAAAAGUGUCAUUGGUACCUAACUUUGGAGUUUAUGAGGGUAGGAAAAAGGUAUUUAAGGGAAAGAAACGAGAAAGAGGAUGGGAAGAGAAAUUUGAAGAGGUUGGAAAACGGAUGGGAGGUAUGGAACUUAGGGUUUCCAAUUAUAGAAAGGAAUGGAGAUUGAAUAAGGAGAAAUCUAGACCUAGUUUACCGUUUUGA